AGAGACGGAAUUUUACCCGUCUCUAAUCAGCAUGCGAACUCUUCCCUCCCAGCUUUACCUUCGUCACAACUUACAGCUACUCUGUCUCUCUGACCGUCCCCUUAUCAUCGUUCCCCCUUGCCGCCCGGUGCCGUCGUCGAUUCACAAGUCCGAUUGCUCGGUGCCGCCGUCGAUUCACAAACACGAAUCGACGUUUCCGUGCAACAAGAAUCGAUUCACAACUCCGAUUGCUGGGUGCCGCCGUUUCCGUGCAACACGAAACGUCGCUACCCCUUGCCGCGGUCGAUUCACAAACACAAACGACAGACUCCGAUUGCUCGGUGCCGCCGUCGAUUCAGCUUAAAGGGGCUGCCUCGCCCUUCCACGUUCUGAUGUCACAGAAAAACCGGUCAUUGGUAUUGGUAGCGAAAUUGGUGAAAGUUCCGGUGGAAAAAGCCUUAUCGGUCUUCAACUCAUCAACCCUUCAUGGUUGCGAUCACACCCACCAAUCCAUCUCCAUCAUUCUCCGCCUCCUCAUCUCCUCUGAAAUGCUCUCCCAUGCACACUCUCUCCUUCGCCUUCUUCUCUCCGGUCGAAUCUCUUCCCCAUUCUUCACAAUCCCAUCUCUUCUCAACCAUUUAACCCACACCUACUUGGAUUUCUCGCCGCACCAUGCAUUUCUCUAUGAAUCAAUCAUCAACGCACAUGUUCAGCUUCAGUUGCCUGAACAAUCCCUCUUUUAUUUCAAUGAGAUGAUUGCUCGAGGCCUUUUCCCCACAUCAAAUGCUUUCAAUAAUCUCUUAUCCUGUCUGCUUAGGUGCAGUAGUUUUGAAGAAGCUUGGCGGGUUUUUGAAGACGUCAUGAAGGGUAAGGUGGCAAUGGAUGUGUAUAGUUUUGGGAUAAUGAUCAAGGGUUGUUGUGAGAAUAGUGACCUGAAUCGAGCUUUUCAGGUUCUGGCACAGUUGGGGGAUCUGGGUUGGUUGCCAAACGUUGUUAUUUACACUACUUUGAUUGACGGGUGUUGUAAGAGUGGCGACAUUGAGCGAGCAAAAGAGUUGUUUUGUAAGAUGGAGGAGUUGGGCUUGGUUGCUAAUCAGUAUACAUACACGGUUUUGAUCAAUGGGUUUUUCAAGAAAGGGCUUAAAAAAGAUGGAUUUGAACUGUAUGAAAAGAUGAAACGUGAUGGCAUUUCUCCAAAUGUAUACACUUACAAUACUAUAAUGAAUGAGUAUUGCAAUGAGGGUAACAUUAAUAAAUCAUUUGAACUGUUUGAUGAAAUGCACGAGGGAGGAGUGGACCGCAAUGUGGUGAUAUAUAACACUUUGAUGGGCGGGCUGUGUCGAGAGAUGAGGGUGUUGGAAGCUGAGAAGUUGAUGGAUCAGAUAAGGAGAGCUGGUUUGCAUCCGAAUUUAAUCACUUACAACACCCUGGUACACGGGUUUUGUAACAUUGGGAAGCUAGACAGAGCAUUAACUCUGUUCAACCAAAUGAAGUCCAUUGGUUUUCCACCUUCUUUAGUUUCUUAUAACGUGCUAAUUGAGGGUUUCUCCAAAUCUGGAAAUCCUGCACAAGCUCUUGAUUUAAUAAAGGAGAUGGAGGAGAGAGGCAUUUUUCCAUCAAAAACAACAUAUACAAUUCUAAUUGAUGCAUAUGUCAGACUAGAUGACAUGGAGAAGGCAUUUGAGUUGUUUUAUUUCAUGGAGAAGGUUGGUCUAGAGCCUGAUGUGUGCACUUAUGGAGUCUUGAUAAGUGGGUGGUGCAGAAAAGGUGAUAUGAAGGAAGCAUGGAAACUUUUCAAGUCAAUGAGUGAGAGUGAGAUGCAUUUGAAGCCGAAUGAUGUGAUAUACAACAUGAUGAUUCAUGGGUAUUGCAAGGAAGCUAGCUCCUACAGGGCCCUAAGACUCCUCAGGGAAAUGAGCGAGCAUGGAAUGGUCCCAAAUGCAGCCAGCUAUAACUUCACCAUUCAAGUUCUUUGCAAGGAUGGGAAGUGGAAAGAAGCUGAAACUCUUCUAAAUGAUAUGACACAGUCAGGUUUCGAGCCAUCAGUCUCUACCUAUACUCUCAUCUCAGAAGCUAAAGCUGUUGAAAAAUAGAAUGCUGGGAAGAAGCCUAUCUUUACAUGUUGUAAAGGAGUCUUUGUGAAAUUUAUUUAAGAUCCUUGGGGAGAAAUAGGGGAGAAGUAAUUCCAUCCAAAUUUGUGAAUCAGGCUAAAGGUCAUUUAACUACUAGGAGUGAUGUAUAUAGUUUUGGUGUUGUUCUCCUAGAAAUGUUAUCUGGCUGGAGAGCAGUGGAUAAGGCUAGGCCAUCUGGAGAACAUGACUUGGUGGAAUUAGCCAAACCUUACUUGGCCAACAAAUGGAAAAUCUUUCAUGUCCUAGACAAUCGUCUUGAAGGCCAGUACUCAUUAGAGGUUACUUUUGAGGCAACCACUCUUUCAAUGCGAUGCUUGUCCAUGGAACCCAGGUUUAGGCCAAACAUAAAUGAGGUAGUGAGGAAUUGGAACAGGCUUGCGUGACUAGUGUCAUAAAGUACGGUUUACAUGGCUUGACACUUGUUGGAGACUAGGUGUCCAGGGGAGACUUAUCCCGAGCUAGUUUACACCCUCGAGGUCUCAUCCCUCAAAGUCCUAGGCUGGUGGAGGUACGAUCCGGAUUCUUGUGAUCCUGAGAAGUAUUUAGAUGUGCCCUUGGUGGAUGACAUGGCCAACCUUUCUAGGCCAUGGAGUCCAUAUGUGCGCAAGUCUAAUAUUGACUCGGGCAUCAUUGAGGCUCUCUAGGAUUUGGAUACUGCUAUUCUAGAGCCGUUUGAAGAAGGUCUUGUGGGGGAUUAGCUCAAGGCUCCUAUCACAGAUCCUGAGCAGCUUGAUUGUCCUCCUUCGCCACCAAUAGAAAGAAAGUGAGGCUCCUUGUGAGAGAUGACCUAGGGUGCACUUUGCUGCAAACUAGAGAAGAGAUGCAAACAUAGAUCUCUAAUUCUGGAGUGGUUCGACAGCCGGCCAACAAGGCUCCUUGCUUUGCAAGUGUCAGAGGAGGGCAUUUUUGCACACAGCUUUCCAUGGCUAAUGACAUUACAGAUAUGACAGUGAAAAACAGAUGGUGUUUGGUUUGCUAUUGGCCAAAAUACACAGGUUCACAGUGAACAGCAUUCAACAGGUGCAACUCGUUUCCAUGAAAUCCAACAGCAAAUGAAAAAAGUGGCUUCAAAGAUGGAAACACCUAGAAGUUGUUUCCAUGUUGGGUUAUUUAAUUUCACUCACACUUCCAGAUCUAUACCACACACCUUCGUCCUGAGAAUCAACAUGAUAGUGCUCUCCAGAUCUGACAAUCAGCUUUGAUCAUCCACCAGCGACAUCCUGUUUUGACAGUGGGCUUCUUCCCAGGCAAAACUCAACAGCGGAGGAUCUAAACAUCUGGGAGAUCCAGUUCUGGAAGAGGACAAGCAGUGAAGAGUCAUCCAGCACUCUUGCCUUUUUCAGUGAGCUCCACAUGGCUGACAGGAUGGGUAUGCUCCACAACUGCCAAAUCACCAAGGAGGUUCAUCCAGCACUCGCACGCAACUGUGGUAUUUAUCCACAGCACCCAUAAAUAUCAGGGGCAAGUUCAUAUUGAAGAUCAAAGCUAGAUUGAAGGAAUGGAUGACGUUCAUAUAUAGGUUUGAAGGACGAGGAGGAGGAAGUCAACGAAGACAACGACGGACAGAGGACCUUCAAGACGAAGCAAAGAGUGGAAUCAGCCGAGGGGGAAGGAUCUGCUUUUAUGCGUUGUACUUCCAGGUAGGUUAAUUAGAUUCAUUCGCUUAUGGUUCAUUAUUUGUAUGGUAGGUAGUUCGCCAUUUGACUAUGCAAAGAUAAAUAAAUAAAUAAAAAACUCUAA